AUGCAGUCAUACUUUCAAUAUUGUCGGAUCUUAAGACAACUCGAGAAACAAAUUGUUGUGAAACACGACAAGCCUGAUGAUGUCUGGACCCGGGAGCGACGCUACUCUUACUAUGAAGGAGAGAUCAGAUCAGAACCACGAGAGCUAGACGAGAGUGAACCGGCAAGACGAAGACGAGAGCAUGGUCAGCGCACUCUCAUUUCGGGCCCAGCCCUUCAUCCUCGCCAUACGACUCGGACACACCUGGAACGCGAUGGGGACGUGGAGCGCGCGGAUUAUGAACCGGAAAUCCAAGGUGAACCACACACCAUCAACUCGCUAGAGACUCUGGGAGGCACGCUCGAUAUGAUGUUGACAGGCGUGGAAAGACGAAGACCGGGCAGCGCCGAGCCCAAUGAUACGCCCGACGGGGCCGCUGGUGGGACAAUGAACGGCGAAUCAGUCCCUAAGGAUCGGCUCAUCGUUGUCACUUUCGAGGGCGACUGCGACCCAAUCGAUCCGCAUAACUGGCCUGUCCCGCACCGGCUGGCAUGUACAGCUCUGGUGUCACUGACAGCAGCCACCAUGCUAUGGGCGACUACAAUUGAUGCCGUUGUUUUCACCCCCGCCACUCGGAAACUUUAUGGAACUGAUAACUUUGCGAUCGAGACGGUCCCGACUGCCCUUUACCUAGUCGGCCUCGGGAUAGGUGGGCUGUUCAUAGCGCCUAUCUCCGAAGUCAUUGGACGCAAUCCCGUGUACAUUCCUUCGCUCGUGCUCUUUAUAUUAUUUGAAAUGGGCGCGGGGCUCGCUAGGACCCCGGCACAGCGAAUGGUCUUAAAAGGCCUCUCUGGAUUCUUCGGGUCUGCUCCCUUGGUGUGCACCGCGGGAUCCAUCGUUGACCUUUGGUCACGGGUUGAGCGAGUCUAUACCUUCCCCCUGUACGCCAUUUUGUCCUUCAUAGGACCCCUAGUGGCACCCACACCCGGUUCUUUCGUCGCCGUAGCCCGUUCAGUGAGCUGGCGCUUCGUAGACUGGAUGACUAUAAUCUUGGCGGGGAUUGCUCUAGGUUUAUUCGUGCUGUGCAUGCCGGAGACAUACAGUCCUAUUUUGUUGCAUUGGAAAGCGAAGCAGCUCCGCCGCCUCACCAGAGACCCUCGGUACCGAGCGCCACUAGAGUUCAAAAGGGUCUCGUUCUUGCGCCGCCUCGCCCACGCAAUGUAUCGACCGUUCGUUUUAUUCGCGACAGAGCCAAUCAUCAUGGUUUUCGCAGUCUACCUCUCGGCCAUAUUCAUCAUCCUCUACACCUUCAUCGCAGGCUACGUGUCUAUCUACGAGAAGGUACAUAAAUUCCACUCCACCCAAACAAGUCUUGCCUUCCUCGGUGUCUUAGUAGGGGUGUUUCUCGCCGCCCCGUUUGUCCCGCUGGCUAUGAAGCUCGUGCGCAAAGACAUCCUCCGCAGCCGUUCCCAAGGGCGUUACUACGUGGGCCCAGAAAUCAGUCUCUAUAUGUCCAUGUUCGGGGCCCCCGCUAUCCCCAUCGCACUGUUCUGGAUGGGCUGGACAGCGCGGCCGUCUAUCUCAUUCUGGAGUCCGAUCGGCUCAUCUGUGCUGUUGGGCUACGGGGUGCUGUGCGUCUUUGUCUCCUCGUACCAAUACGUCGCCGAGGCCUUCGAGUACCACGCUGCUAGUGCCCUGGCUGCCGUCCAGAUGUUGCGGCUUAUUUCUUCUGGUGUCAUGGUCUACGUUUCAGAGCCAAUGUACAGAAAACUGGGCAUUGCCUGGACCUUGACCCUGCUAGGUGCGAUUGCCACUGUGUUUCUACCCGUGCCAUAUUUACUACAUCGGUGGGGGCCGAUAGUGCGGCGGUGGAGCCAGCAUGCGCAGAGCGAGCAAGAGUGA